UGGCCGUGGUUUGUGGUGCAGAAGUUUAGUUCAAUUCACAAAAGUAGGGUUGUGGUGGCCGUUGUGACACUAGCGUCUCAGGCCUGAUCGAAAAUGUCCCGAGGAAGCAGUGCCGGGUUUGAUAGGCACAUCACUAUUUUCUCUCCUGAAGGACGACUGUAUCAAGUUGAAUAUGCAUUCAAAGCCAUUAAUCAAGGUGGAUUGACCUCUGUUGCCUUGAAGGGAGUGGAUACGGCAGUCGUAGCAACUCAGAAGAAAGUUCCUGAUAAGUUGUUGGACCCUUUAACUGUUACCCAUUUGUACAAACUUACUGACAGCAUUGGUUGUGUUAUGACUGGUCUCAUUGCUGACAGUAAGUCUCAAGUUCAGCGAGCCCGCUAUGAAGCUGCUAAUUGGAAGUACACAUAUGGCUAUGAUAUGCCUGUUGACGUCCUCUGCAGGAGAAUUGCUGACAUCUCCCAAGUAUACACACAAAAUGCAGAGAUGAGACCUCUUGGAUGCAGCAUGAUGCUGGUUGCUUAUGAUGAGCAAAAUGGUCCUUGUGUGUACAAGGCUGACCCUGCAGGUUAUUUUUGUGCAUACCGUGCCAUAAGUGUUGGCUCCAAGCAGACUGAAGCAAAUUCUUUCCUGGAGAAAAAAUUCAAAAAACGUCAGGACUACAGUCAUGACGAAGCUGUUCAGAUGGCAAUAUCAUGCCUUUCUUCAGUUCUGUCUGUUGACUUCAAGGCAUCUGAGAUUGAAGUAGGAGUUGUUUCUAAAGAGGAUUCGAAGUUUACGGUGCUGUCUGAAGAAGAAAUUGACAAACAUUUGACUGCUAUAUCUGAAAAAGAAUGAAAGGAAGAACCAUGGUGCUUUAUUCUCAUGUUUAUUUUAUAAAAUAAUUAGUACCAUUAAAGCCACAUUUGAAA